AUUUUCUUUAAAAAAAUAAUAUAAAUCUAUAAACUAGUAGUUCCGCCGCCGGCUGAACGACGGUGUUACACGAGCUUCAGACCCUUUUGCGUAUUUUUUGUUUCUGCCGACUAGGGCGGCCGCCGGUUUUCUAGACUGUGACCCUACCGCCGUUCAAUGCCCUCUGCGUCUCAAUAACAUUCUCUGCUGUCGUUAUCUGUACCAAUUUCUCCGUGUUUUUUCCUGUUCGAAUCCCGACAACGAAGACCAAGAGGAGUGAUCUGCUCCUCGUGUAAACGCUUCGAGGUUAGCGGAGAGGUGUUUUGGGAUUGAAUUUCAUUAUACGAUGGAUGUACAAAUGAAGAACGAAAAGAGCUUGGACGAAGAAGAAGAUGAUUUUGUUGAAUAUGUUCCUGUGGCGAAGCGUAGAGCAAUGGAAGCUCAAAAGAUUCUUAUGCGAAAGGGCAAAGCUUCUGCCCUUGAAGAAGAGUUGGAGAAAUCAAGGCUUGCCGAAGCCAAGCCGAGUCUCCUCGUAAAAGCAUCUCAGAUGAAGUGUGACCAACCAGAAGUUAGCCCAACCGAGCAGAUCCUUUAGCAAGAGAAGGAGCUGAUCGAGCACUUAUCCGAUCGUAAAACUCUAAUGUCAGUUCGUGAACUAGCAAAAGGAAUUACUUACAUAGAGCCAUUAUUAACUGGAUGGAAACCGCCAUUGCCUAUCAGGAGGAUGUCGAGAAAGGCGUGUGAUUUGAUUCGUAAACAAUGGCACAUAAUAGUCGAUGGUGACGAUAUUCCACUGCCGAUUAACAACUUCAAGGACAUGAGACUCCCUGAACCAGUUUUGAAGAAGUUGGAAGAAAAGGGAAUCGUGCAGCCGACUCCGAUUCAGGUCCAAGGUCUACCUGUGAUUUUAUCUGGCAGAGAUAUGAUUGGGAUUGCAUUUACUGGUUCAGGAAAGACCCUAGUUUUCGUUCUUCCUUUGAUAAUGAUUGCUUUACAAGAAGAGGUCAUGAUGCCCAUUGUUUCAGGGGAAGGACCUUUUGGCUUGAUCAUUUGUCCUUAGGAGCUUGCUAGACAGACCUAUGAAGUGGUGGAACAGUUCUUAAUACCCAUGAAGGAGGCUGGAUAUCCAGAACUUAGGCCUUUGCUCUGUAUAGGCGGAGUGGAUAUGCGGUCACAGAUCGAGGUUGUGAAGAAGGGUGUUCAUAUCGUUGUUGCAACCCCCGGCAGGUUGAAGGAUAUGUUGGCGAAAAAGAAAAUGAACCUUGACAAUUGCAGGUAUCUUACUUUAGAUGAGGCUGAUAGAUUAGUGGAUCUAGGAUUCGAAGACGAUAUUCGGGAAGUUUUUGAUCAUUUCAAGGCUCAACGCCAAACACUAUUGUUUUCUGCUACAAUGCCUACCAAAAUUCAAAAUUUUGCAAGAAGUGCACUAGUAAAGCCUGUCACUGUUAACGUCGGAAGAGCUGGAGCUGCAAACCUCGACGUCAUCCAGGAGGUCGAGUACGUGAAACAAGAGGCAAAAAUUGUUUACUUGCUCGAGUGUCUGCAGAAAACUCCACCUCCAGUGUUGAUAUUUUGUGAGAAUAAAGCCGAUGUUGACGACAUUCACGAGUAUCUACUCUUGAAAGGUGUUGAAGCAGUGGCAAUUCAUGGAGGAAAAGAUCAGGAAGAAAGAGAGUAUGCUAUCUCUUCAUUUAAGGCGAGCAAGAAAGAUGUAUUGGUUGCUACUGAUGUUGCAUCAAAGGGUUUAGGUUUUCCAGACAUUCAACAUGUUAUCAACUACGAUAUGCCAGCUGAAAUUGAGAACUACGUUCAUAGGAUUGGACGAACUGGUCGGUGUGGUAAGACGGGAAUUGCAACAACUUUCAUAAACAAGAAUCAAAGCGAAACGACCCUCCUUGAUUUAAAGCACCUUCUGCAAGAAGCAAAACAGAGGAUUCCACCAGUGUUGGCUGAGCUGAAUGACCCUAUGGAGGACGUGGAGGCGAUCACCAAUGCAAGUGGGGUCAAAGGUUGCGCUUAUUGUGGCGGGCUUGGUCACCGUAUCCGUGACUGCCCCAAGUUAGAGCAUCAGAAAAGCAUGGCGAUUGCAAGUUCAAGAAGAGACUAUUUUGGAUCAGGCGGCUAUAGAGGAGAAAUUUGAGAAAGCUAAGAACAGAGGAAGGGACAAUGCAUGUGAUCAAGAAUCGGUGUCGAUUAACCUUACUAUGGAUAUCAUUGAUUGACAGUCUUUACAAAUGAUGACAAAGAGAAGGGCAUGCUGAAAAAAGAG